CUAAGUCCAUGUGGUCGGGGCGCAGGCAAUUCGCGUUCGGUGUUCGUCGUUGAAAUCGAAUUCUUCGUUUCUCGGGAGAUACCCUCCACGGCUAACAUACAGACACAAACUUAACAAAAAUUACGACGAUGCCAUAGACUAUUUGUGUUAUCAUUGAUAAGACGAAUCUGUUAUCAAUUCCUUCACAUUGCCGACUCGAGAAGACUAACACCUCCGUAACGGGCGAACCCCUCAAAAUAUCGGCGAAACCAAUCGUAUCGGUCGUAUCGGCCGAUACUGAGUCAUUUCGCCCAUUUAGCAUUCUGCUUCUUCUGUUCUCUUCCGUAACAGACGAACUCCUCCGUAACAGCUUCCGAUUCCAUCGAUGAAUGGUUUGGAUCACUGAAAGGGGCUCAUUUGUAUGCUUUGCUGGCGCGAACUUAAUUGCUGCUACUUUGGGUGAAAUCUGACAAGACAGUGCCUUCGAAAAUCAUUCAGAAAAAAAAUGAAGUUGGCUCCAAGAGAAGUUGAAAAAUUAUCUCUACAUGGUGCAGGUUUCCUUGCACAGAAGCGUCUGGCUCGAGGUUUGAGACUUAAUUACACUGAAGCAGUAGCAUUGAUAGCAACUCAGAUAUUGGAGUUUGUUCGCGAUGGGGACAAGACUGUUGCAGACUUAAUGGACCUUGGGAAGCAGCUUUUGGGAAGACGGCAAGUUCUUCCAGCUGUUCCUUACCUUUUGGACACCAUCCAGGUUGAGGGGACCUUUCUGAAUGGGACAAAGUUAGUCACCGUUCAUGGUGCAAUUUCGUGUGAUGAUGGAAAUUUGGAGCUAGCGUUGUAUGGCUCUUUUCUUCCAGUUCCUUCACUAGACAAGUUUUCGGGGAUAGAAUGUGAUAUCUUUCCUGGUGAAUUAAUUUUCGGAUGCGGAAGUAUCAUGCUUAAUAGAGGAAGGAAAGCUGUUAUUAUUAGAGUCACUAACAAGGCAGAUAGGCCCAUUCAGGUUGGCAGCCAUUAUCACUUCAUUGAGGUCAACCCUUACAUGGUUUUUGAUAGAAGGAGAGCCUAUGGCAUGCGGCUGAAUAUACCAGCAGGGACUGCUACUCGAUUUGAGCCAGGGGAAACAAAACAGGUUGUUCUUGUCAGUAUUGGAGGUGGGCAGGUGAUCAAAGGUGGGAAUGGCAUUGCGGAUGGUCCUGUUGAUGUCUCCCGGAUUGAAAAGGUGACGGAAGCUGUAACUGCUAAUGGAUUAGGGAAUGCAGUGCAAGUAGACAUGAGUGAAGGUGUUACUGGAGAAAAUUCUAUUUUAACCAGAGAAGUUUCUCGAGAGGUCUACGCAAACUCGUAUGGACCCACUACUGGCGACAAAAUCCGGCUGGGUGACACUAACUUGUAUGCAGAAAUUGAAAGGGAUUUUGCAGUUUAUGGUGAUGAAUGUAUAUUUGGGGGUGGGAAAGUUCUUCGGGAUGGAAUGGGACAGGCUGCUGGCUAUCCAGCCUCACUCUGCCUGGAUACUGUAAUCACAAAUGCUGUGAUAAUUGAUUAUACAGGAAUAUAUAAGGCAGAUAUUGGCAUCAAAGGAGGAAUCAUUGUUUGCACAGGGAAGGCAGGCAACCCAGAUGUCAUGGAUGGCGUGAUGACAAAUAUGAUUGUUGGGGUGAACACUGAGGUUAUUUCUGGGGAACGAAUGAUUGUCACUGCAGGUGGCAUAGACGGUCAUAUCCAUUUUAUCUGUCCUCAGUUGGCAGAACAAGCUAUCUCUAGUGGUAUCACAACAUUAAUUGGUGGCGGGACCGGACCAGCACAUGGAACAUGCGCAACUACUUGCACACCUGCACCAGUGCAUAUGCAAUUCAUGUUGCAGUCAACUGAUGACUUGCCACUCAAUUUGGGUUUCACAGGGAAAGGUAACACUGCCAAACCAGAUGGGUUGCCAGAAAUAAUCAAGGCAGGAGCAAUGGGUCUGAAGUUGCAUGAGGACUGGGGAAGCACCCCUGCUGCAAUAGACAAUUGUUUGACUGUUGCAGAAGCUUAUGAUAUCCAGGUUAACAUCCACACGGAUACUUUGAAUGAAUCUGGAUGUGUAGAACACACAAUAGCUGCAUUUAAGGAAAGGACAAUACACACGUAUCACAGUGAAGGUGCAGGUGGUGGCCAUGCUCCAGAUAUCAUCAAAGUGUGUGGAGUGAAAAAUGUCUUGCCUUCAUCAACAAAUCCUACACGACCGUUUACUACAAAUACCAUAGAUGAGCACCUUGACAUGCUGAUGGUCUGCCAUCACCUUGAUAAGAACAUGCCUGAAGAUGUAGCAUUUGCUGAAUCUCGGAUACGGGCAGAAACAAUUGCUGCAGAAGACAUUUUGCAUGAUAUGGGAGCUAUCAGUAUUAUUUCUUCUGAUUCACAAGCCAUGGGUCGUGUUGGAGAGGUGAUUUCUCGGACAUGGCAAACUGCCCACAAGAUGAAGGCACAAAGAGGCAAUCCAAUCGAUCCCAGUGGAGCUGUCAAUGACAAUUUCCGAAUCAAACGGUACAUUGCAAAGUACACGAUAAAUCCUGCAAUAGCUAAUGGAAUUUCUCAGUAUGUUGGUUCAAUUGAGAACGGGAAAAUGGCGGAUCUUGUUUUGUGGAAACCGUCAUUUUUUGGUGCGAAGCCGGAAAUGGUGAUCAAAGGUGGAGCAAUUGCAUGGGCCAAUAUGGGUGAUCCAAAUGCUAGCAUCCCUACUCCUGAACCGGUGAUUAUGAGGCCGAUGUUUGGCGCAUUCGGCAAGGCUGGAAGCUCCAACUCCAUUGCAUUUGUCAGCAAGGCUGCCAAAGAGGCUGGGAUCGGAAAUGAGUACGGACUCAAAAAGAGGGUGGAAGCUGUUGGAAAUGUGCGCUGCCUUACCAAACUAGACAUGAAGCUAAAUGCCGCUCUACCCAAGAUUGAGGUGGACCCCGAGACAUACACAGUCACUGCAGACGGUGAGGUUCUUUCCUGCAGUGCGGUAACCACAGUUCCCCUAUCUCGAAACUACUUCCUCUUUUAGAAUAACCAGACUAACCAGGUUUCGAUCUCAAACUCUGUUUGUAUGUGUUGUCCAUGUUGCCUUUCCAAUAAGAAAUAACAUUAACGAAUAAUUAAGCAAAAAGUUGAGAUUAAGGUUCCAGAAUA